CCAGGUGACGUCACGACGAUCAGCUGUUAGAGCUCCACAACAACAACAAAAGAAGUCGCAGUACAGGGACCCGACGAGGAAACAGGGCUGAAAAGAGAAAAGACGAUCAACCUCACUGUGACUCUCCAUGUACAGCCCGUAAAUUAAACAGUUUUAUAUCUUAUUUCUUCCGCGAAGAAAGCUCAAGUUUUUCUAUUUUCCGAAAAGUAACGAAUCUACCUCCGUUGUAAGGAUUUUUGUUUUAUUUGUUUUUGCAACCGUCGUUUACAUCUCCUCCUCCCUCCGCCGCAGGGCUCUUUCUUUAGUUUUGCACUCGAUGUUGAGCGAUGUCCAGCAUGUCCCUGCUGGCCCUCAGGUGAUCCCUGACCACACCCUAUUGAUGCACUUUAGCACCUUUCUGGAGCCUUCGACUCGCUGUGUGCCCCCUGCAGCUGAUGACCAAAAGGACCGCCCCAAGCCCCCGCCGUCGCCCAGAGCCGCGCGCCUCCUCCCUGUGCUCCUCCUUCGGCCUUCAGGACGUCCCGGCAUGUUCCACAGGUUCGCCAGCAGUCUGUUUGGAGACGAUGGGAACGAGCCGAGUCGAGGCAGCCAGUCGGGAGACGACAAACAGGCAGGGGAGGAGGAUGAAGAAGACUGGAUCUUAGUGAACUACCUGGCUGAAGCUUGUGGUGACGGCCUCUCUGACUCCACCAUCAUCCCUCAUGAGGAGGAGGAGGAGGAGGAGGAGGAAGACCUGGUGAUGAUCCCUUCUCCGAUGGCCAGCCCCGCUAUCCGCUUCCCCUCCUGCACCUCUCUCAACUCCACGGCCGACGGCGGCGCAGAGGACGAUGAAGAUGGGGAUGAGGAGGAGGAGGAGGAAGGCGGGUUCCUGCAUCUGAACGCCUGUUCUCUGGAGGAGAGCUGGUUCGUGACUCCUCCCCCCUGCUUCACCGGCCAUGGCGGUCAGCCGGUUCUCCUGGAGACCAGCCCGCUGGAGAACCUGCUGAUCGAACACCCCAGCAUGUCAGUCUACGCCCACCACAGCCCGCCGCGACUCGCCCGAGACCCAAUGCCACACCACACGCUCGACCGGGAAAUGGACUUCCUGUCUGGAAAUGCAUCUGCAAACCAAACGCCUGCAGGUGGAAAAGAGAAGGCAAGACCCACACUUGAAGGACCUCGACAUAGACCAGAGGUGGUGCAGCGCCGCUCCACCCUUCACUCUACCUGCUACGCUGCAGCGCUCACCACCAAACCCGGACUCCUGCAGCAGCGGCCGGGUAACGUCAACCAACGCACCCAGCUGCUGUCCCGCAAGGCCCUGCGACGCCUCAACCUGCUGCGCCCGGCGAAGCCCGGCACCCUCCACUUCCACCUGCACCAGCCCACCCAGAGGCACCUCAACUUCUGAUGGAGUCCAGCAGCAUCACGAUUAGUCAGGAUGGAAAUGUCAACACCGGCCAAUCUCUCACAAACUCACACUUCUUUUUCAUUGUUAUAAUUCAGAAACAAACACCAGCAAGCAGCCAGUUACAUCAUCAGUCCCGGUUGAUCCUUUAACAUAGCUGGCUUUUUUUACUCUAAACACUUUCCCUCCUUUCAUUCUCACCCUUCUCUUUGUGUAUUCUUUCUAAAAAGAAGAGAAAGGGAUGCAGAAAAAGCUCAUUAUGUACCCCUUUACCAUUUAUGACUACUUUAUAUCCAAUCACAGAGAGAAAGAGGUGUCAAAAUGACUCCUUUUCCUUCUCACGUUCUUUUGUUUUGUUCUGUAUGGGCAACUUAAUGUGUAGAAACAAUGCUGUAGGUCACUUUAUUCAGAGGCAGGUUCACAGCGUGGCAGGAUGGUCCAGUGGUGUUAUUUCAGGGACUCACAAGGCGAUAGUUUGGUUGCCUGCAAACUUACAGGUGUCUUUGUCAAGGCAGCAGGAGACAUUGCAGAUCCUAAAUCACUUGAAUAUGUACAGUCCAGCAGGACUGUGCUUCAGUUUAAUCAUUGCAGUACUGUUAGGAUGAGGCUUCAAACAGUUUGGGUACAAAAGGGGCAUUUCCACUCUUCUCAUCCACUCUAUUAUAAUCAGCAACAUGUUCUUGUUUACUUCAGCUAUUCUUUUACAAGAAGGCAGGAAGCAUUUAAUUUUUGAAAUGUUAAAAAAAUUCGAGCUCAUAUUUGAUAUUUUUGUGCAGUGCAAUGCUAAAUUACUGAGUCAUUUACCUUGCCCUGCAACAGACUGGUGACCUGUCCAGGGUGACCCCGCCUCUCGCCCGGAACGUAGCUGGAGAGGAACCAGCAACCCUCCCGACCCCAUUAGGGACAAGGGUGAACAGAAAAUGGAUGGAUGGAUAAACAUUUACCUUAUAAGUAGCUUUUGGUGUGUAGAGAUGCAUUAAUUUGAAUUUUGUGGCCGAUUUCUGGGUUUUGUAAAGUGUCAAACUGUUGAUACCAAUUACUCUUCAAAAACAACAAUAAUUUAUGUUAAUUAAUAUUAGGUGAUCUGGAGAGCUUUAAUUGAAUCCCUUCAGCUAACCAUCAUUGAUUCAUUGCAUCAGCCUGUCACAUCUUGUCUUUGACUCAUUUCUUUUAUUUUGGUAAGCUUCAUUCAACUGAAAGUUUACAAAGCUAAAAGUAAAUUAACGCUUUAGAUUAAUCCAGAUUUUUAUUCUUUUUCAGAGAAGUUAAAUGGGCUAAGCGCUUUUCAAAGUUAGUGAACAAAAUACUAGCUUGGCUAUUAGCGGAUCAGGGGAAGUGUGCCCUCCACUAAUGUUUACAUUUAAAACUGUUUUUGACAUUUUGUAAUAUCGAUGAGCAAUGUUAGCUAAAACCUCUAUAUCCGUUUGUAUUCCCUGAAGAAUGGAACUCAGAGAUUUCAAUAAUUUUCAAAGCUGACAUGCAGGAAUUAUCAGUUAGCAUGUUAAACAUGACUUGCAUGGUAUCUUCUUCAAGUCUUGCUCUCUCUUACGCCCUGAAUGCACCACAUGUAUUUGUCGAUUUGCAUUUAUGCUUUUCAACAUGACUCAACCAUGUUGCUGAAAAUCGCCUUUCUUUUUAAAUGGCUUCUUACAUCAGUAACUCACUCAGUUUUUCUACUCAAUAACAACAUCCAGUCUGAAGAGUGUUAUCAUCAGGCAGCUUACUGAUUGGAAAAAUUAUUGGAUUUUUGAGUUUCUUGCCAGUCUAGGUUUAGUCAAGCUAGAAAUGUGUGGAUUUUGGUCCACCGCUGAUUUCUCAGUGCAUCUCCAGUUUAAGGUCUUCUCUACAAAGGCUUUAACAUUAUUUCUUUUCUUGCUGGAUUUUAAAAAAGGAUUCUACAGGACUUUUACUGUUUACUUCUCGUUAAACAAACCUAAAGUAAAUCCAGACAUUAGGAUGUUACAUUACACAUCAACCAUUGAAACUGUAGACUGUUGUAACUGAAAAUAGAGAAACAGAACAGAGAGUUUUAACAAAAUUAUCCUCAAGCACACACCUGGACUGUCGCCUCUUUCUUUUCUUUUUUUUUUCUUAGACAUGAUCAACAUUUAUACUUGAUCUCAGGUUUUCUUUGUGUUCUCAUUUCCUCGUUACAAACACACUCUUGUUCCAGUGCAAGUAAUUUAAUUGACUUAAAGAGCUUUUGUAGGGGAAUUUGUCUCUUAUAUUUACUGCCUUUUUGAAAUCUUUAGCACACACCUGGACUAUUUUCACUCAGUUCAGGACUUCCUGCUGUGUCAACCGAACCUGCUUCUGACUUUCAGUUCAACUCUUUUCACCAUAUUUUUUUGGAAGAAAAAAUAAAUACAAGUAGUUAAAAUGACUGGGUUUGAUAUCACUAAAUGCCUUGUUUAAUGGUAGCUUUGAGAUAAAUAGACCUGUAAAAAAAAAAAAAAAAAAAACAUAUGUAAAAAAAAAAUAAAUAUAUAUAUAUAUACUUCCAAAUUAGAAAAAAAAGCUAAUUACAUAUCAGUAUGAAGUUGUACGCAUCGAUGGAUUCUUGCUUUGGUAUGUUUGGUAAUGAGUGUGCUGUUUGUUGCAUGGUUGUAAUGUUGUUAGUAUCACGAUGUUGGAAAAAAAUUGAAAAGUUAAUGGAAAAGGACUUGUUUUUCUUCUUGUUUGUUCUGAUAUAAAUCUGCAGUCCACUUCUCAGGGUCACAACCAAUCACCUUUUACACUUUAGGAAAAUGCAGAUUUACUUGACGGAUGAUGAUUCUUUUAAAGCGCUCGGACUUUUUCCCGCCUCUGAAUUGGGUGUGAGAAAUAAUUGCCUGAUAGAUUAGUAUCUCUAAAGCUUCUUUCAGUCCCGGGUUUGUGAAAACAAACCAUCGCCCACUUUUGGGAAUCUAUCAAGACACGGACAAACUGUCUUUUCAGAGCUGUUAAUAUUUUUUAUUUUUUUGCUUAAGUGUACCUGACUUGGUUUUAGAAAUGUACUUAAAGUUUGUUCAACUGUUCUAAUUUCUAUGCUAUAAUAGUUACAUUUUGUUCAGCUGAUAUUUAAACCAAAAGAAAGUAGCGGCAAUCUGUAAUCUUUCACUACUGUUUAAUACUUAUGUUUUGUUUUUGCAUUAUUGAAAUGUUUAUUAAAUGC